AGAACCCACCCCCAAUAAUAGCACUUUGCAUUUGCAUUAUAUUAUUAACUCCACUCUUGUCUCUCCUUCCUUCUAACCAAAACAGAGUCGCAAGGAGCCUCUAAGCAACAGUUAGAAGCCCUUCCAAACAAAAAAUGGGGAUCGAUGGUGAAUUGAAAAAGAAGAAAUGCAUCAUUGCUGGGAUUAUCACGGCUUUGCUCGUUGUCAUGGUUAUCGCUGUCGCCAUCAUAAUGUCAAGAAAUACCAUCGGUUCAGAGACAAUCGCUGGGGUGCAGAUCAAAACAACCACCAAGGCAGUUCAAGAAGUUUGUGCACCUACUGAUUACAAAGAGACUUGUGUCAACAGUCUCAUGAAAGCUUCUCCUGACUCCACUCAGCCUCUUGAACUCAUUAAGCUUGGCUUCAACAUCACCAUUCAAUCCAUUAAAGAUAGCAUCAAGAAAGCUUCCGAGGAGCUGAAAGCCAAGGCAGCCAAAGACAAUGAGACCAAAGAUGCUUUGGAGUUGUGUGAGAGUCUUAUGACUGAUGCUACAGACGAUUUGAAGAAGUGUCUUGAUAACUUUGAUGGUUUCUCAAUCACUCAUAUUGAGGACUUAGUCGAAGAUCUUCGUGUUUGGCUUAGUGGCUCCAUCGCUUAUCAACAAACAUGCAUGGAUACUUUUGACGAAAUUAACUCGAACCUUUCACAAGACAUGCACAAGAUCUUUAAAACAUCCAAAGAGCUAACUAGUAAUGGUCUUGCCAUGAUUACAAGCAUCUCUAGCUUUCUCGGAGGGUUCAACAUGACAGGAUUAACUGGAGAUCUCGGACACUACGCUAGAAAACUCUUGUCGACCAAGGACGGUAUCCCAAGUUGGGUUGGACCAAACACUCGACGGCUCAUGGCAACGCAAGGAGUUGUAAAACCUAAUGUAGUGGUAGCUCAGGACGGAAGCGGUCAGUACAAAACUAUCAAUGAAGCCUUGAAUCUUGUGCCUAAAGCAAACCAAAAUCCAUUUGUUAUCUACAUCAAGCAAGGUGUCUAUAACGAGAAAGUUAACGUGACCAAGAAGAUGACUCACGUCACUUUCAUCGGUGAUGGACCAACCAAAACUAAGAUCACUGGUAGUCUCAACUAUCACAUCGGCAAGGUCAAGACAUACCAUACUGCCACUGUUGCCGUCAACGGUGAUAACUUCACGGCCAAGAACAUAGGUUUUGAAAACACUGCUGGUCCCGAAGGACACCAAGCCGUAGCCCUAAGAGUCUCAGCGGACUAUGCUGUUUUCCACAACUGCCAAAUCGAUGGUUACCAAGACACACUCUACGUCCAUUCUCAUCGUCAGUUCUACCGUGACUGCACAAUCUCCGGCACUGUUGACUUCAUCUUCGGAGAUGGCAAAGUCGUGUUACAAAACUGUAACAUUGUGGUUAGAAAACCAAUGAAAAAUCAGUCUUGUAUGAUCACAGCUCAAGGCCGGACCGAUGUACGUGAGUCCACGGGGCUCGUGCUACACAACUGCCACAUUAUGGGAGAACCAGAGUACAUUCCGGUUAAGUCUAUAAACAAAGCAUAUCUUGGAAGGCCAUGGAAAGAGUUUUCAAGAACCAUUAUAAUGAGAACAAACAUAGACAACGUUAUUGAUCCCGCGGGAUGGCUUCCUUGGGAUGGUGACUUUGCACUUAGUACGCUUUACUAUGCUGAGUUUGAGAAUACUGGGCCUGGCUCGGACCAAUCACAACGUGUUAAGUGGCCUGGGAUCAAGAAACUGUCGCCUAAGCAAGCUCUUCGGUUCACUCCUGCUAGGUUUUUACGUGGUAACUUGUGGAUACCACCGAAUCGUGUGCCUUACAUGGGGAAUUUGCAGUAGAUUGGCCUGUUUUUGUGAUUUAAACCAAUAAUUAUUUUAAAGGUGAAUAAGUUUUCUAUGCAUGUCAUUUGUUUUCUAUGUAGUCGGGUUAAUAUUAUUUUUUUAAAAUAACUUUUGUCAAGAACAACUAAAGAAGAACUUAAACUUUACAUUAAUGUGUAACGGAAGAUGAAAAUAAUUCAUUAUAGUUCAUAGUUCA